AUGAAUAAUGGUUCGAGAAGGGCCCUAACCGGCUCUAUUCACAAAAUCAGAGAGUUCGAAUUGGAAAAAGUGAGCCUAGUAGAAGAAUUUGACAUUCUACAAAUAGUUGGAGAAGGAUGGUUCGGAAAAAUUUUGCUUGUGGAACACAGAGCAUCAGAUACAGAGAUUGUCCUAAAAGCCUUACCGAAACCCUACGUGUCCAUUAGAGAUUUCUACAGAGAGUUUCACUAUAGUUUACAUUUAAGUGCGCAUAGAAAUAUUGUUACUACAUUCGACGUUGCCUUCGAGACGGCAGGAUUCUAUGUAUUUUGCCAAGAAUAUGCACCUUUAGGUGACCUUACAUCAAAUAUGCUUGACACUGGAAUUGGUGAAAUUCAUACAAAAAGGGUAGCAAAGCAAUUGUCUGCUGCAUUAGAGCAUCUUCAUCAAAGAGACUUAGUACACCGAGAUGUAAAACUUGAUAACAUUCUUAUAUUCAAAUCAGAUUUUUCAAGAAUAAAACUUUGUGACUUUGGCGAAACGAGAAAAGUUCUAUCAGUUGUGAGAAGACGAAACGAAUGGUUACCCUAUUCACCUCCUGAAGUACUUAGAUUGUCCAUGGACAGUAGUUACAAAGCUUUAAUAACCCAUGAUAUUUGGCAAUUUGGCAUCGUUAUUUUCAUUUGCCUCACUGGAUGUUUGCCUUGGCAAAAAGCUGCUUUUGAUGACCCUCGAUACACCAGUUAUUACAAUUGGUACAGCAGUGCCAAUCCAUUGAAGCGACCGCCAAAAUUAUGGAAAAUGGUUUCAUCGAGGGCACAAAAAAUGUUCAAAAAGUUGGUAGAACCAAGAGAAGAGAAAAGGGCCAACAAUUUCUUGGAACUUCCUCGGUACUUAGAUGACCGAUGGCUAGGUAAAGGCUACACUGAUAGAGUUGCUGGCGAGGAUAUUGACGAACUCUGCCCAUCAAUGUACAGUUUUCACAGUGACCCUAAUGAGAAAAACAUUUUACUGAAACAUUUUAGAGAUAAUGGAAUCGAAACAACUGUUGACCGCCAAGCAAAGAAACAAAGGAUCCGCGAAUGGAUACAAAAUAGUGUUAUUGAGGAAGUUGACGAAGAGGAGGAGCACCUCGAAGCAGCGUUUGAACAUAGUGAUGAAGAAUUAGAACAUAGACCAAGAAAUCAUCCAAUUGAUGAAAGUCAUAGAGUUACUUUACGCUAUGAUACAGAGAAACAUAUUAACCCCAGAACUGGCGAAGUUAUUGACGGAGUCAAGCAUGCGCCGGAAAGAAAUCCUUUAUCUUAUGAUGUCCAGAAUAUAGAAGCAGUUGCACCUGCAAACGUAGUUAGAAGAUAUGGAAUGAAAGAAGAAGGCUCAUCGCAUAGUUCGACUAAGGACAGUGCUUACGGAUCUAUGGAAGUGAAAGUAAAUAAACCAGUAAAAUCAUCACAUAAAACCGAAAAUAAGCAAGUCCCAUCAAUAGAUAGUGUUCAAAAUAAUUCACCGAGUAGAUCUUUAAGCGCCACAUCAAUAAACCAAAAUAGGUCACCAUUGACGUCACACGCUCAGAGAUUUCAAAGAAGCGAAGAGGUGUAUUCAAAAGAAUUGGAAAGUUUGAAAGGAAGCACAUCUACACUUCAUUCUUUAGCUAAUUCGUCUAGGUCUAAUAGUCUUCAAGUCACUCGAAAUGAUUCAUUUGAUGCUCCAUCUGUAACAAGUACACAAACACCACCAAAAACAGAAAGUGUGAGUACGCAGAGACCUCACAACCCGGUCGUUACACAAAAUGGUUUUAGUCCGGGCACUAAAAAUGCUCAGCCACCUAACAGGGCCUACGUUUCCAUGAAAAGUACAGUUUAUGAUAGCAAAAGUACUCGUAACGAUAACAAUAUAUCGGCCGAAAACAAUUUACAAAAAAAUCAGACUCCUGAUAGUCCUUAUACUUCAAUGAUGAACAUAGUACAGGGCCAAAUGAAAAUCAAUCCUCACGCAACCGAAACGAAUAGAAACACUAUUAACGUUUCAGUAGCACAAGUGAACCGUAAAAAAUAA